UCGUGGACUCUGAACAUUGCUCUCUCUAUAGUGUCUGGAGAUUGACGAAAGACGACUUCCUGCAGCUGCCAGCUGGAUUCCCGCCAACGUCAGGAAACUCCCAACGUGAUCUUCUCAGGAGAUGAAUUGGGAUGGCGCUGCACGCUCUCUGUUCGGCGUCUGCUGAUGAAUGCAUCAAAUGGAGGAUUGCCAACAAUUGGGGGGAGAUCUUACACAUGUCUCGGAAUUUUGGAAAAAUGCUGCCUGCUCCGUAUCGGCAGUGGAAAUUAACUGUCCUUUUCUUCCUCCUCCUCCUUGUCUUUGCAAGCUUGGAGGCAGGUGGAGUUGAUUCUGAACAAAUUGAGGCGCUCAAGACUAUUGCCACCGGAUCCCCCCUUGGCAGCCUUUGGAAUGAGCUACGAAGUGAUCCCUGCAGUGGUAAAUGGCCGGGAGUGGGUUGUUCAGAUAGCCAGAAUGCGAUAAUAGAGCUGAAUCUGCCAGGACAAAAGCUUGUGGGUAAUUUGUCAGUGGAGUUUUUCAAACUGACAGAUCUACGACGCCUAGACCUCAGUUUUAAUAGUCUAAGUGGCCAGAUACCAAUGAAGUUGAGAGAUCUGAAGCACCUUGAAAUUCUAAAUCUUGCAGGGAAUAAUUUGCAGGGAUUUCCGCAAGAUCUGCUUACUCUUCCAAAGCUACGGACUCUGUCAUUGGCACACAACCCACUUGGCACAUUUAUCCCUCCUUUCUUAAAAGCAUCUCUUCAAAGCUUGGUGCUUCAGAACUGCAGCCUAAGUGGUGUCAUUCCAGAUUUGCGCCCCUUGGAAAAUCUUGUGACCUUGUAAGUCUCAUCCUCGACAACUGAUAAUGAACUGAGGUAGACGAG